CAACUCCCACCUAGCAGCACCCCGUGAAAAAAAAAAAAAAAAAAAAAACAAGAGGGACGGCGCGUUCUAUGGUGACCUGUGACCUGGUGAGGCUGCGGGGCGUCCUUCACCAGUACUAUGACGCGGGGGGACACUGGGGAGGAUGAGUCGCCCGGGGAGUGAGGUGAAGGGAAGGUGUGUAAAUGCAUCAACACUUCCCUUGCUCCUCUUGCUCCCCCUGGUCUUCAGUUCUUUCUCCGGUACCCUCGCUUCUAUUAACCAUCAUGCCUUCUGCGGAGAGUCGUCCCACACACACCGCUACUACAUGCGGAUCAUCGGGGGACGCAGCGUGCUGGCGGGGGAGUGGCCGUGGCAGGUGGCGCUGCAGCAGAAGAACCCUUACAGCGGAAAGCGUCUGGGCCAGCACUGCGGCGGCACCCUCAUCCAUCCCUCCUGGGUCCUCACCGCCGCACACUGCAUCGUGGACCCUGUCUUCAAGUUCGUGCUGCCGCCUCCCUUCUGGACAGUGAGGGUCGGGGAAGUGAGCCUCUCCUCAGACACACCCCGCCUCUACCCUGUCUCCAAAAUCAUCACGCAUAAGUACUUCGAUCCCAAGACGUGGGACAACGACAUCGCGCUGGUGAGGCUGAGGAGACCGCUGGACCUCGAGGAACACGCUGGCCUGGUCAACACUAUCUGCCUUCCCUCCAGAAACAUGUCCUUCCUCGGCCUUCAGUGUUCCGUCACGGGCUGGGGCAGGACCAAGGAGCAUGGAAGCAACUCAGACCUGCUGCAGAUGAUUCGCGUGCCGGUGGUGAGCAACAAGAAGUGUCAGGGAGCGUACAAGAAGGUCAGCCCCGUCAACAGCAGGAUGAUCUGUGCAGGAUGGGAGCACGGAGGCGUGGGACCCUGCGUGGGUGACAGCGGGGGUCCUCUGCAGUGCCGUGCCAAGGGCGGGCCGUGGACACAGGCGGGCAUCACCUCGUGGGGGGUGGGGUGUGCCAAGCCAUCCUUCCCCGGCGUCUACAUCAGGGUCACUGACUACCUCGACUGGAUCUACAAACACAUGGAGAUGACCUAGUGACGCUGGUCCUCUGUAGGGAAGUGCUGGUCCUUCUUACCGUGUACCUGCCGCGGCCCGGGCCCUGUCCUGGUGCCCCGAGAGCUGUGUUGUGCGUCUGUACCUGUUGUGAUGCUGCACCUGGCCUCUUUGCAGCUGUGUGGCCUCAGUGGCUCUACAAUUUGACAUUUCCUUUGUGUAGUUGUAA